AUGGUUCUGAUCAGGACCUCCAGUCCAGAGUCGUCAAACUCGUCCCGCUGGGGGUCAGGUGAGCUCCAGAUCAUCUCCAGGGAGUUCCACCAGCGGAGUUCUGAGCCGAAGGGAAGGCUCCUGGGUGGGCUAACGCCCACUCCCCCUUCUGAGACCGACAAGGAGCUUCAGGGCAUAGCAGAUCUGUCUGUGAGUAACAUCCUGAAAAGGGCCCAGGAGGACCUCUUCUUUUCUGGUGAGGAUGACCUGGAGAACACCCAUCCAGACAUCACUCUGACCGAAGAGAGGCUCACCAGCUUCUUUUCCGAGUUGUUCAGGGACGCCUGUGAGAGUGCCCAGGAGGCCGCCAGACGGAUCCACCACAUGAGGUCUGGAAGAGGCAACAACAGCCGGAAUGGGAGAUGCCCUGGGUUAUCACAGGGAUCGAGCAGGUCCAACAUGGCAGAUUUGGGAGAACUGGGGUCAGUGAGGAGGCCCAAGGGAAGCAACGUCCAUAAAGUCCUUAGCGAGGGGUCCCUCCCUGUCUUUGCCCUGCUUGGGGAGAGGCCAGGGGAAGUUGGGGAGACCAGCAGCCCUGCUGGGGAGAUGGACGCGACCCAGAAUGCCAGCACUCCCAGCAUUCCCCGGUCUGGGCAUGGCGGCAGAAGAAGUAGGCAGACCACCGCUCCCACCACCGGCCACAGAGAGGUAGGAGUCGCAGGCAGUAACAUCUUUGAUGUUAUUUAUCAUCUGACGCACUCUGACACUGACCGGGAACUCCACCAGGAGUUCAGCAGUGAGGAUGAUGUUUCACUGAAUGACAUCAAGGACAUGAAGUUAACCCCACCAGUGGAGCCCCUGGGGCAGAUCCUGUCCUCAUGGAAGCUGGUCAACAGGAUCUUCAGGGGGAAGGUCCACUACUUUGGGAAGGAGCUCAUCUGCAAGGUGUAUCAGAUGCUUCUGGACACCGGUAUGGGAAGGAGGCCAAUGGCCCGCCAGAGCAGGUCCGAGCCCAUCCUGAAAGACCUGGCUACCAACCGUAGGCUCUCCGAUGAAUUCUUCACAGACGUGCUGUACAUGUUCAUCCAACGGGCCAUUAAGAAUCUGCUGGAGAACUUCUUGUGUCUGCCGACCACCCCACCGGAGUUGUGGGACAGCGACUCCACCUGGUCACGUGACCUUGGAGAGGAGGAGGGGGCAGAGUCCCGUGGGAGGUGGGCCGCUCUGUUGGAGGGGGGCAGCUUCCUGACCCUCCAGUCCUCCAGCUCCCUCUCCCUCUCCGAUGACAACAAGGAGGCACUAGGGGCCGUCUGCCAGGUCCUGACCACCAGGGUGGAAGACAUCCUGAACAGUACCUGCAACGACGAUUACAAGGCCAGGCUCAUCAUCCAGAAAGGAUUGGAUUCCGGUGCCAGGGAAAAGUUCCCUGACUCUCCAUGUUCCUCUUCACCCAAGGACGAAGAGGAGGUGGUUGUAAGUGUCAUGACUGUCUCAUACCCUAAACCCUCCACUUCAACCCAGGCAGCAUGGGCAGCUCCUGCCCAGACUUUGGACAGUUUUCUGCCCAGACCCUGCCUGGAUGAAGAAGAGGUAGUCCCCAGCACCUCCAUGAAGGACAACUCUGUGACAACCACCCAUGUAGCACGGGCAGCUCCUUCCCAGACCCUGGAAGAAGAGGUGGGGGGAGCUGAGGUCCCCGAGAUGAGUGACAGCUCCCUGAUGCCCACCAAGAACAGGCAGGACUCCCUGGAGAAGAUUCCCUCCCUCCUACCAGGCAAGGAGGACAUCCUCCUUCGCAGCACUCCCUGUGCCACCGUCAUGAGCCCCCAGACUCUGAAGUUUAUUCUCCAUGGCAUCAUGUGCCGACUGGAGGCCUCAGAGUCCCCCCAGACAAGGAGGGCCAAUGACCCCUUCAGGCUGAUGAAGGAUCUCUUUGUGGAGGUCCAGCAUGCCCUGAAGAAUGCUGACAUCUCUGUCGUCUUUGGCCUGGAGGAGAGCAUCCAAUUCAGCGGGGAGGAUGCAGUGAAGGCCAUCGUGAAGACUGCGGCUAAAAGAUUGUCCCUGCGUUCGGACUCCAACCGGGCUCAACUGCGUGCCGCACGCUCUGGUAGCGAGGGAGCCAUCGGGUGCAUGGCGGACACCAUCACACAAGUCAUAGAUGACUAUUCCGAGAACUGGAGUGCCGACGGCCAUUUUGGAGCCAGGAGGAGCCGUGCUAGUGGGAGAUCACACUCCUCAACCUCCUCAAGGAGUGACGUCACCCUCACCGAGGAGCUCCUGGCUUGGAGGGAAACCCUAGAAGAGGACCUAGAGGAGAUGGCUGAUGACAGCACUGGUUUGGAAAAGACCAGUGUAAGCUCAGCCAUCUCUGAGAAGUCCCAGGUAAUUAGAUACCUUUCUGAAAGCACCAAGCCCAUCAGUAGCGCCCUCUCCACAGACCUCAAGGACAUCACCUCCACACAGGUGAGACAGCCAAGAACCAGUAGAUCAUUUAGUUAUUUGGGCUGUUUGAUUGUGAGGCAUCGACUCAUUUCUGUUUCUCUCUCUACUAAGAAGAAAGAGAAGGAAGAGGGUUUGAAGAAAGAAGUGAGGAAGUCAGGAAAGAAGAAGCGAGGAAAUAACAAGGACCAGAAGAAGAACAAGGUAUCUCCUCUUGGCAAUGAUAGUAAGUCCUCAUUUCUGUCAGUCACCAUGUGCAUCUGUCUUCAGCACACUAUUGUAAUGUAAGGACGGGAGACUAUGAUGAAGUUAUCAGGGCCUUAUUCAUUAGCCACUAAAUGGAAGACAACGGACUUAAACAGGG